CUGUCAACAUCUCCUUUUAUUUUAUUUUUUUCUCCAUUAAGUGUUUUCCACUAUCAAUCCUUCAGCCGCCAUUUUAGAUUGAUUCUUUCCCCAUAAACAAUUCGUUUAUUCUUUUUAUAUAUUUUUUGUUGGGGUUCUUUCUUUAAUUAGCGUCCAUCCGCAUUCCGAACCUCGCUUAAUUUUGAAGGAUCUCCUCCAGACAAAAACUGAACUCGCGAGUUGAACUCUCUUCAGCGAUCGCUCUUCUUGCUCCUUGAAACCUGCGGCUCUUCUCCGACCACUAGCACCCUCUUACAGUCAAAAUGCGUGUGUCCGUAUCUACCCUCCUUGCGCUCCCGCUCUUUGCGGUGUCUGCCCAAGCGCAGUUUGAGCAGUACCAAGACCAGCUCCAGACCUACCUGAACAAGUUUGCCUCGUACAUCCCGAACACCAACCGCGUCGAUGCCGCCGACGCCGCCGAAGCCAAGACCGGCGAGAAGAAGAUGUCCGUCCUGACCCUCGACAACUGGCAGCAGACCUUGUACGAGCCUGUCGCUCCCGGCACCACCCAGCCCGAGGAGUGGUGGGUGCUCAUCACUGGACGGAACAAGACCUGCUUCGGCCGCUGUGAUCAGGUCAAUGCAGCUUUCAAUGAGACGGCCAUCAAGUUCGCCACCCUCCCCGAGUCGGAGGUGCCGCAUAUGGCCUACCUCAACUGCGACGACCAGCCUGUUCUGUGUAACAUCUUCUCCGUUGGCCCCGCCAGCCUUUGGGCCAUGGACAUGCUGCCUCCCGGCAACGAGAUCAAUAUCUGGGGCAAGCGUCUGAACACCACCACCACCACCACGCAGGACCUCCUGGACCUUUAUGCCGACAAGGAGAAGUCCGAGUUCAAGCUCGUCACUCACGUCUUCCACCCUUUCAACGGCUGGUUCGCCCAAAACGGCCUCUCCGUGGCCGUGGCCUAUGUCCUCUGGUUUUUUACUGUCGUUCCCAACUGGACGAUCAUGCUGCUCGUCUCCUUUGCCAGCCGGAGCAUGAUGAAUCGCCGCAUGCCCGGCCAAUAAGUGCCGCGCUGAUAUCAUGGCAUGAUAUGACCAAAUCUAAAAGAUGGGGAGGGAGAAUCGACUGUUGGAUGGUGGUGGUCGGACUGGUUUCACUCUCCCUCUCCGUUCCGUUGACAUUUCGAUGGACGGACGUGUAUUGGAAGUGCGAAGCGCCAGUCGAGCGAAUGAGGUCGAGGGGCUCUUUAUCCUUUCCAGUGUAUUUAUACCGUAUUUGACAUGCUUAAAACCGAACGUGGUUGUUUUUGGGUUCAUUUCAUCUCGUGUUAUUUAUUUCUUGGCGUGGCAUUGUUCCUGUAGGCCCUUGAGACCUUGGAUGACUUCUUCGGGCAAGUGGGCGUUAGACAGGCGGCCGUAGCGCAGGUCGCUCAAUCCGCCCACGGCCCGCUGCACCGAGUGAAUGAGAGCGGCCUCCUCGGCUUCAAGUUGACGAAUCUCGGCCUCCAAGUCUGCAACGGCGCUCUCCAUCACAGAGAGGACGGACUGA